AUAUGGUUAUAUAAUAUACCUAAAGAAUCUGUCUCUACCCACGUAUACGUGGUCUCUAUCUGUUUCCCCUCUCUGCUCUGCGUACAUAUCCACUCACUCGUGCGCAGGAACACUGACGAGUAUUGACACUUCAGGUGCCCAGAACUACUAUAUCAUUCCUGUUAUGGAAGACCUUAUAAUACUGUAUUUGAGGGGAGACAAGGCUUGUGAAAUAAGCAGAGCAAAUGUGCAAAGGCAAUUUAUAAUUAGAGGCAAAAAUAUGAGCUUGAGCUGAGACAUAAACGCUGCAGUAGUCCUAGGAGACACGAAGUUUUCCUAGAGAAGGCAGGCACCCGCACUCUGCCAUAAUAGUACUGAGGUAGGCAGAACGAUUUGUGGAGGCAUGUUAGGCAAGUAGAAAGCUCAAUUGAGCCUACUAUUUAGGGGAAAUUGAUGACAGAUAGGAUGCAGCACUGAAGAAGAGGAAGAAGUCCAAGAAAACUUGCAAGUUUUGAGUCUGCAAGAUCAGGAGAGGUGGUGUUGCCACCUGGAGAAACUGGGAUUUGGUGAAGGAGAAGGGGUUCUUUAGGUGAGUUUGCGAUGACAGAGCCCAGUGGGGGCGAACUAACAGUGAUAAGAAACAAACAAACAAAAAAAAAAAAACCUGCUGUCCUUGAAAAGAGGGCUUGGUUUGACUCAAUUAGUUCUUUCAGGCUUUUUCCUUGGCUGUAUCAUACCGUGUUCUGGCAUCUCAUUUGCUCUUGGCAAUCUCAGUAAUGGUUUAGCAACCUUCGGAGAUGUGCUGCAGUUCCUCCCCUGCCUAAAGGCCACCUAGUGAGAACAGGAGGCAUUUGUUCGGUGGGGCAGAUCCCCCAAUGCUAUAUCUGCUCUGUCAGAGGAAGAAAUACAGCGAAACCAUGCCAUGAUGCUAGGAGCCAGGUACAAACUAUUCAUUCCUGCAAAAUGCAGGUCACGUAAUCGUGAGGCCCUGAAAUGCAAUCCAGAGCUAGGCAGAAAACCCUUAUGGGUUAGAGCCGAGUCUGCGUUAUGGAAAGAGUUUGCCCAGGAGAUUUGCUUCCUUUACACCUCUCAAAUGGCGGAGGCCUUUUCUGGCCUUAUGACUUGUGAAAUCAGAAUUAAAAUGCACACCUCUGUGGAGAAACGGGUUCCGGUGACAUCCUGAAGCAUUAUUAAAAUGAACAAGGAUCUAGAUGGAUAACCAUCAUUUGCUCUCCGCUCCCAAUCACCAUGAUCCCAAAAGUCUUUUGCAGCCUCAGAAUUCCAUGAAGCUACCUUAAAUAUUUUCGUUAACAUGAAAACCCCCAUCUGGAAAUGCCCAACUGCUAUCAGUAACCUUUCUAAGUAAGCUGAUAAAUAGGUUGUUUGUCCUUAAAACAAACUUUGAAUUUUAAUUUAGAAAGCAAUGCACAUAAUUCAGCCUUCACAGUCCUUUAAAAUGGAAUUGCUUGAAAGGGGCUUUUACCUGGGGAAUAUGGCACACGCAUCCAUCGCUGCCCAAAUAAGUGCUUGUGCACACUCCGUUGCUAACUGCAUUUUGUCAGAGGCUGCUCUGUGAAUGCAGAGACUGUGACAGCACUGCCCAGCUUCCUGAGGUGCUAGUCCUACAUCUCCACAGAGCUCCCCACUGAGCUCAGGAGCUGAGUGCUUCACAGGCAAGAAUUAGCGCGACCUGAGGCUCUGCUGAGUGGCACUUGAGUGUCUUGAUGAGUGUCAGAUGGCCUCGGCUCCAUGCAGGCUGUGCAAGUAGAUAUGUAAUAGUUUUUGUUCUGGUUGGUGGUUGCUAGUUCCAGGUCACCUUGCUCACUGGUGAGUUCAUUCAAACCCGAAAAGUCACACCUGUGUCCUGUGCGCGGGUGCUGCAGGCUUAGGUGGAGAAAAGCAGGGCUAGAAUUGGAACCCAAAGCCCAGAAUGGCAGGAGAGGAUGUGGGGGCUCCACCGGAUCACCUCUGGGUUCACCAAGAGGGCAUCUACCGCGACGAAUACCAGCGCACGUGGGUGGCCGUCGUGGAAGAGGAGACGAGUUCCCUAAGGGCACGAGUCCAGCAAGUUCAGGUUCCCUUAGGUGACGCAGCUAGACCAAGUCACCUUCUUACCUCCCAGCUACCUCUCAUGUGGCAACUCUACCCUGAGGAACGCUACAUGGAUAACAACUCUCGCUUGUGGCAGAUCCAGCAUCAUUUAAUGGUCAGGGGAGUACAGGAGCUGUUGCUUAAGCUUUUGCCUGAUGAUUAACCUGGUAUGUAUUUCUAUUUCUCCCCUGUUCUCCCUUUUUGUUUUUCACUCUGGUUGUGAUUUUAAUGAUCUACUUUUUUUUCCAGGUGCUGGGAUUCUAGGAAGAUAUGCUCCUCUGUUCUAUUCAGUAUAUGGCAAUCACUUCAUCCACCACUGCAGUGCACCCACCUGUGGGCCUGGGGGGAGGGACUGGGUUGAAAAACUGUUCAAGAACACAGAAGCUUAGGAAGGGUCAUGAAGAACACCACAAGUGGAACUGCAGAGAGGGGUUCACACAGGCAGAAAGCAAGUCAAAAAAGCACUUAGUCAGGAUACGUAACUUGAAAUUGACUCCUUUGGAAAUUGCCAUAGAACCGUUAAUGGACAUCAUCAGCUGGAACUGGGAUCUGAUGAGUCCCACAAAAGUCAGCACCUGCUACAGAACAGAUGCCCCGAUCACCAAGGACUUGGUACUGGUUUAGAGAGAAGAGAGCAGCUCCUAGCAGCAUCAACAUCUAUGUGUCGCUUAUUUGCCCUGCGCAAUUCACCUGCCUUUCCUUCUCCCAUCCUGUAAAUAUCCCAGGUUUUGCUCCAGUGUUUCCCCUCCCAGUACUGACCUAACUUGGAUCUUACGGAGAACUUAGGGGGCUCUGAAAAAAGAGGAGAUUAUUUGAAUUAAUGAAAUGGGCUACAAAGGCUACUGGGCCUUUUUCCUUUCUGAAAUUGUGCCUUCAAAUUUUUAGAG